AUGAGUGGUGAAGCCGGCCUCAAAUGCUUGCAAUGGCUAAUCAGGGGCACGCAGUUGGGUUCAUCCCUCCUGAUCCUCGCCGUUUAUUCGUAUUUCCUUGCAACUCUAGCCGCACAUGACUUUGACAUCAACACAAGGAUCCGUGCCGUCGAAGGCAUAUCUGGCAGCGCCGUCCUGUAUGGGAUCCUAGGGCUACUUCUGGUCUGCUGCAUCGGUGGUAUCCCCAUCGCGUCUCUCAUUGCAAUUAUCCUCGACACCAGCUUCCUUGCCUGCUUCAUAUAUGCAGCGGUUGCUAACAAGCACGGCGCGGGCAAUUGCAAAGGCGAGGUCGAUACCCCAUAUGGACUCGGAUUGGCAAAAUCUAGGGUCAAAGGGAAGAGGGGUUCUAUAGCACUGCCAACUUAUCGAGUCGCAUGCCAGCUGCAAACUGCCUGCCUAGCUGCAGCUAUCAUUUCUGUUGUCCUUUUUUUCAUUUCCAUCAUCAUCGAUAUCGCGCUGUCGCGUGGUCAUUAUGCCCAACAUCGACUCGAGAACAAAGACUAUGGAUACGGCGAGCGAAGGGUCUUUUUGAACCGCAGGUCAGAGCCUAGGCCCUGGGGUGCGGCUCCGGAUGAUCUCCCGGCACAUACACAGCCGGAUGACAUUGAUCUUCGCCCACGCGACAGCUUAAGUAGCCAUGCGGGCGGAGGGCGCGAAGGAAUAUUGGAUGACCAAGGGAGUCAUUACUAUCCGGAUGAUAACUCUGAUCGGACCCGACGGUCUAGGCAUCUAGAACCACCAUAUCCUAUUUAG